AUGACUACCAGCAGCAAUCACCGCCAACGGCCCAGUCUUACUAUGUCAUAUCCCCAAUCCAACACUGAGCCCGCUCAUGGACUGCCUCUGCCCCAAUCGCAUAUGGGCUCAUUCAGUCACUCGCAAUCAGUCGCCUCCACUCCCACCCCAACGCCCCCCACGCGAGGAUCGCAGCAGUCAGCCAUGUCAUAUAGUUUUACAAACGGGGUGUCAUACCCCUCGAUGCCAAACGGCUUUGCGGGCUACGAACGCUCGAAUGGCUAUGGAGUAAUGGCUCCCUAUCAGGAAGAGUAUAAGCCUCAAAUUUACCGGCUUUUGCUCUCUCCUACUAAGGCCGUUUAUUCAAAUGUCUCCGUGUACGAAAUGGAAGUCAACGGUGUCGCUGUUAUGAAACGUCGGUCGGAUUCCUGGUUAAAUGCAACUCAAAUUCUGAAAGUUGCCGGUGUUCUCAAAGCCAAAAGAACCAAGACCUUGGAGAAAGAAAUUGCCGCUGGAGAGCAUGAGAAGGUCCAAGGAGGUUAUGGCAAAUAUCAAGGCACAUGGGUGAACUAUCAACGAGGUGUCGAACUUUGCCGUGAGUACCAGGUGGAAGAAUUGCUCAGGCCCCUGCUCGAGUACGAUAUGGAUGAUGGAAACUCAAAACGUACAUCGCUCGAAACUCCAACCAAGGAGCAGGCAAUGGCCGCACAACGGAAAAGAUUAUAUAGCGCUGAGAACCGAGGAAUAAGCCAACCGGCCCAGGCAACUUUUUUCCAAAACAUGUCCCGUACCGCAGCAAGUGCCGUUAAUGCUAUCAGCAAAGCCCGUUUUGAGUCGCCAAACAAAAGGAGACCCAGCGUGGUGCGCCAGUCAUCGCAAGCGUCACAACAAAUGAGCAGCCAAGAGUCCCUGAAUGUGCCCGGUGGUACCCAAACUAGCAUGUAUAGUGUACAUUCUGACAGUGGAUUUGCAAGUCAGAAUGCUCACAACGGGAGAAACGAUAUUGCUUUCGAUCAAGAGACUGGCUUGGAACCACCACGAAAACGUGUCAGGAGCUCUUCGAAUCAAGGACGCUCGUUUGGGGGAAACAGCAUGAUGUCAGCGUAUGAUCUCACACCCACAGAGCCAAACGAUUCAUUCUACCAACAGGCAGACGACCCAAUGGCAACUGAUGAUGUUCAUGGACGAGACCCACUCCCUCCAGCAACACAUCCUGAUCGAUUCCAAAAGAUGAAACUUAUCAUGACUCUCUUCCUUGACAAGCGUAUGAAAGACUUUGCCGACCACCCUGCCCUUGUACAGCUGUCUGGUGAGGACCUUGAAAUUCCGCUCGAUGAAUAUCAAAAUAGUGCUCUUCAUUGGGCGGCAAUGCUUGCCCGACUACCCCUGCUUAAUGCUCUUGUUGAGAAGGGUGUCAAUAUUUAUCGACUGAAUGCUGCUGGUGAAACCGCACUGCAGAAGGCGGUGGGAACGCGAAAUAAUCUUGAUUACAGGACUUUCCCGCGAUUGUUAGAAUUGCUUGGCCCUAGUAUUGACAUGGUCGAUCACAGCGGCCGGUCAAUUCUUCAUCAUAUCGCCAUUAUGGCUGCAACUGGUGGCGGGGGGCAUGUGUCAGCUAAACAUUAUCUCGAAGCACUUUUGGAAUUUGUCGUACGUCAUGGCGCAGGAAGCCAGGGCGCUCAAGAAAAUGGGAAACCGAUGGCAAACAGUGGGAGCGGAAUUAACGUGAAUGAGCAAUCACAGCCUGAGAUUAUCAGUCUGGGUAGAUUUGUCUCCGAAUUGGUUAACUUGCGGGAUGACCAAGGAGACACGGCUCUGAAUAUAGCCGGCCGUGCAAGAUCAGUGCUUGUGCCACAGUUGUUGGAGGUUGGCGCUGAUCCUCAAAUCCCUAACCACACGGGCUUACGCCCUGCAGAUUACGGCGUGGGUGUUGACAUGAUUAAUGAAAGCACCCAGAUACAACAAAAUGGAGAGAAAAAGGACACCUUUAUUGAUCAACUGGCUAAAACGAAGAAAGAAAUUCUCGAUGCUACGCUUGCACAAAUCGGAUCUCUGGUCGAAGAGACCUUGGGUGGAAUUGAUCGAGAUUUGACCUCGGAGCUGAGCAAAAAGCAAGCGGAAUUCGAUCACUGGCAUGCCAAAAUACGUGAAAGUGCACGUGCCAGACAGAUCGAUCAAAAUGAACUUGACGACCUGAAACGAAAAGCAUCUGACCGGCUGAAUGUUGGCCGACGUAUAAAGAACCUUGAAGGUGACUCGGAAGAACUAGUUGCUUUUUUAAAGAAGACCUACGGGAUUGACUUCGACAUAUCAACUAUGUAUCCUAUUGGCUAUGGUGAUCAUGACUCUAGCGUUGACAUCGCUGAAUUUCGCACGCUCUUUUCAGAGUUCGACGCCGGUGAGGAGUUAUCCCCAGAUCAACGAAAGUUCCUCGCAGCAUUACCGCAUGCGAGCGUUCUAGAAAAUCGCCUGGAGGCAUAUAAAAGCUUGAACAAAGAUGUACAAGACGAAAUUAAACUGCUAAAGUCAAGGAAUGUGGUUCUCGGCGAAAAUUAUCGCCGGGUAGUCAUGGCCUGUACCGGGUUUACAGCCGAACAGGUUGAUGAAGCUGCAGAGGGACUGACCAAACACAUCAAGGAGUUAAACGAGAAUCCAGUGGCAGAAGAUGAAGCGAUUGAGAUUUUGAUGAAAGAUCGCGGGCAGGACUGGUAG